AUGACCUCCACCGUGCUCUCCCUGCCGCGCCACAUAUACCUCACGUGGAGCGCCUUGCGCCGCAGCGGCGCCGGGUCCCAGAACCCCAGCAACGACCCCUUGCGCACGCCGGCCGGGAUCCGCAGACUGCCGUCCUCCACCAGCGCCGCCACCUGGAGCUUCAACGUCUGCGACCUCCUCGGCCGCCCAGCCGCUGCCGCCGCUGCCGUCUUUGACCCCAAAUCUUGUUCUGAGCAAGACGAGAGCGCCGAGUAA